AUGGAGAUGCUGCUCAGAGCCCUGAGCUGCCUGCUCCUGCUCGUCAGCCUGCCCUUCGUUUCCGCCCUCAAGUUCGACAUCGAGGCCCACCCGGGCCACGAGUCGGCCAGCAAAGAGCGAUGCGUCCGCAACUUCGUCAUGAAGGACCAGCUCGUUGUCGUCACCACCAUUACCGACGGCUACAAGGGUGAUGGCCAGAGGCUGAACAUGCAUAUCAAGGACGCCGUCGGCAACGACUACGGCCGCCCGAAGGAUGUCGUCGGCGAGAACAGAUACGCCUUCACCUCGGUCGCCGAUUCCGCCUUUGAUGUGUGCUUCGAGAACGUCCUCGAGCAGAGGGGAGGCGGCGGCAAGGUCCGCCACAUCGAGCUCGACAUUGACAUUGGUGCCGAUGCGAAGGAUUGGAACGCUAUCCAGAACACCGAGAAGCUCAAGCCCGUCGAGGCCGAGCUCCGCCGCCUCGAGGAGGUCGUCGGCGAGAUUGUCAGCGAGAUGGAGUACCUGCGUUCGCGCGAGAUGAGGCUGCGCGACACCAACGAGAGCACCAACGAGCGUGUCAAGUGGUUCGCUUUUGGCACCAUGGGCAUGCUGGUCGGCCUUGGUGCAUGGCAGGUUGUCUACCUGCGCGCAUACUUCAGGUCGAAGCAUCUUAUCUAG